AUGAAGAGACCCCGCCCGACCGACCGCGCAGCGCUGAUGGAGAUCCUGGCGGAACUCAAGGAGCAAGCCGACGCGGUGGCACAGAAGGAGAAGGAGCUCGAAGCCGCCAACAGGGCAGUAAGAAAAUUUGUGUACGAGUUCGAGAUUGAUAUUCGGCAAAGAAGGUGCACACUCUAUCACGAAGCUGGCGAAAUUAACUCCUGGAAAAAGCAAAUAUUCACUACAGGCCUGGUUAAAAAGCCAAUGCAGAUGGAUGAGCAGGACUUUGUCAAAGUUCCAAAGUAUCCGGCGCAGGAAAUCGUGGAUCGCUCGUCAUCGUGGGACGUUAUCAAAGUGCCACCGGGUUGGAGAGAGAGGCCAUACAAUCCUGCAGAGUGGACUCUGGCAGAAGAUUGCUUUUUUCCUCAGAAUUAUUCUGUAUUUCCCGCUAAACGUCGCAAAGAACUGAUGGGUAAGACCCAUCUAGAUAUUGUAAUUGAGGACUUUCUGGAAGCACCCAAACGGUUGGAACUUGAAGUCUGCUACGGAAUGUGCUUUGUUGGUGGCUGUUAUCACUCGGAUGAAAAUCGCUUUAUUUCAGCAGAAAUUCAAAAUUUUUGCACCUCAGAGGACAUAACGAUUCAUCAAAUCUAUCCCCUUCUCCAAAAUCGGAAAACCAAACUCAAAUUACUCUCUCAACUUUCUGCAAUACUGGUCUGGAGGGAGAAAACUUCGAUCGUGAAGAAGCUUGAGAGUCUCACGAAACCCAAAUUUGAACCGGCACCUUUCCUCGAACAUCCUCUAUGGUCAGGAGAUGAAGACAGAAUUCUUCUUGAGGUCCUCAACCAACCCAAGUUCAAGCUGGAGUUUGAUCAAGAUCACAAUACAGAAACCUGGAAAGAGAUUGCUAAGUAUUGCGAGGGAGAAGAUUUUGAUCGGGAUGCUGUUCAAUGUCAGAAAAGAUGGAAUAACCAUUUACAACCCAGGCUUCGUAACGGGGGAUAUUUUCCCCAAUUUUUCCAAGGCGAUUGGCUAACUCUGAUCGGGAAGCUCCGAGAAAAGGGGUUUCGAGAUGAAUGCGCUGAUGAUUUCAACUGGGAGGAGGUCAAGUUCCACGUCUUCACUGGGGCUUUCCUGAAACGUUGCUGGGCUGUCUGUCACCCUUGUGAGAAAAUCAAAGAUUUCGAAGCAUUUUACCAGUCCAUGCUUGACGAGCACAACGGUUACACUAAAGAACAACUGAACAAAACCAUCCACGGUGGCGGCCAGCAUAACCCGGCAGUCUUUUCUCUGCUCAGAAAAAAAAUCAACAGGGAACAUCAAGAUGCUCACAGAUACUAG